CUUUUCCCGGCUUGCAUUGUAUUUUAACUUUUGGCCACGUCCCCCAGGCCACGUCGCUCCUGCUUCGCCAUAUUCCUUUGAAUAAGGCAAACACUGAGAAGUUUACAGGACCGGGCUAUCUCUAGUGCUAAACAAAACAGGCUUCGCUGAUUCCAGCAGGACUGACUUACGAGUCAACAAUGAACGUCUUUAGACUUACAGGGGAUCUCUCUCACCUUGCAGCCAUCAUUAUUCUGCUUCUCAAGAUAUGGAAAACCAGAUCUUGCGCCGGUAUCUCUGGAAAGAGCCAGAUUCUUUUUGCAGUGGUCUUCACAUCACGUUACCUGGAUCUCCUAACCUCGUUCAUAUCCCUCUACAACACGUCCAUGAAGGUAAUCUAUAUUGGCUGUGCAUAUGCCACUCUUUACUUCGUAUACAUGAAGUUCAAAGCCACCUAUGAUGGAAACCACGACACUUUUAGAGUGGAGUUCCUUUUGGUUCCUGUCGGUGGCCUGUCGUUCUUAGUUAAUCAUGAUUUCUCUCCUCUGGAGAUCCUUUGGACUUUCUCCAUCUACCUGGAGUCUGUGGCCAUCCUGCCUCAGCUCUUUAUGAUCAGCAAGACUGGUGAGGCCGAGACCAUCACCACCCAUUAUCUGUUCUUCCUGGGCUUGUACCGAGCCCUCUAUCUCUUCAACUGGAUCUGGCGUUUCUACUUCGAGGGCUUCUUUGACAUGAUUGCCAUUGUGGCUGGCCUCGUCCAGACCAUCCUGUACUGCGACUUCUUCUAUCUGUACAUUACCAAAGUGCUGAAAGGAAAGAAAUUGAGCCUCCCAGCGUAAGUGCCAAAGACCUGAGACUCGUACUCCUGCUAAACUGAUUGGAGCUAGUGUGAGAUGCACAGAGACAGAGCACACAAAGGAAAUGCCACAAGCUUUAUUGUGAGUAUCUGCGAGUUCUGCCAAAAUGUUCCGGAACACAAGCAAGGAUUCUCUCUGGUCUGUGAAGCAUCUGGAUGUCUGUUUUUGGCAUCUUGCCUAAACUUCAAAGGACAAAAAAAGCUUUUGUAUGUGUGAGGUGUCUUCUUCAUGCUUUAGCAUCACAAAGGGGCUGACAUGAUAUGAUCUGUAUUUAAACUGUAUACUUAAAUACAAUGCACAAAUCGAUAGGCAUAAAAGCACAUUAAGCAAAAUGUGGUGUUUUGUUUCAAAAUAUUCUACAGGACAUAUUUACAAUCCUCACCCCCUAAUCCUUGUAGAAGCAAUACUUUAUAUAAAUUCAUAUAACAGCCAAAUUCAUACCUUGAUGAGCUACACUGUACCUUUCUGUUUAUCUAGAGCCUAUGCGAGCCUAUGUUUUUUUUUUUUUAAAUUGGUUUUGAAGUGUUCCAUAGUUAAAUACUGAGUAAUUGAACAAUAACAGAUUUAGUACAACAACCCUCCUUAUGAGCAUUAGAGACUUAGUUCCCAGGCAGGAUCCAUUGCAGACGUAAUAUAGGAGCAGCCUUUGCUGAGCCUCUAGAGCAGUGGCUGAUUAUAAUGGGCAUGGAUCAAAAGCCUUGCAAAGCAUUGUCAUUAAUUUGAUGUUCCUUGGCACAUCUUUUAUACCUAUCAGAUCACCCUGCCACAGCCUUCUUUCGCACUGAACCUUGGUGGAUUAUACAAAUUGUAUAUGGGCUCCAUAUUGUGAUAUAUAUUUUCCCCAAUUGAGGAUGUUGUGGAUGUAAUUCAUACAUACUAAUGGUAUAUAAUAUUGUACGGCUAUGAAUAACACUAUCAUUGAACAGAUGUUCAGCCAGAUAUUUCUCUUUGUAAUAAUAAUAAUAUAGAUGCAGUAAUUUAUCUUUGAAGACGCUGUGUAAUUGUAUACAGUGUGUGCAUUGCAGAGUUCCUUGAGUUGUGAAGCUUUAAAAAGGAGAGUGUGUGUGUGUGGCAUGGGUGAAUAUGGCGAUUGUCAAGGUGUGUGUCUGUCUCUCUGGCCUUUUCCCAGUAGAACAUUCUUCCUUGUUCUCCCCAUUUUGGUCAUUCCUUGACAUUUAUUUUCUUUUCUUUUUUGUAUUGCUACAUGGUAUCAGCUCCAAUAAAAAUCUGUUUUUGAA